UCCUGUCAUCCUCAUUUCGCUGCCCUGCGCCACGCCUCCGGCUCUGCAGUCCCUUUUCUACGCGAUACCCAGCAUCUUCAUUCUACCCUUUUUUUUCUCUCUCAGUUAUAUUCCUUUUGGCGUCUACAUCCGCACGGCGAGCGCUACCCGACCAGCUGUCUUUGCUUUUCUGUUGCGUACCAUCUAUAGCCUGACAAAAUGGGCGAAUCCAGACAGGAGCUUCUCAAUUGGCUCAACAGCCUCCUGCAGCUCAACAUCACCAAGGUUGAGCAAUGCGGCACUGGCGCCGCGCUCUGCCAGGUGUUUGACAGCAUAUUCAUGGAUGUGCCCAUGUCCAAGGUCAAGUUCAACGCCAGCGGCGACUACGCCUACAUACAAAACUUCAAAGUUUUGCAGAACACCUUCCUCAAGCACCAGGUCGAUAAGCCCAUCCCCGUCGAAAUGCUGGUGAAAUGCAAGAUGCAGGACAACCUGGAGUUUCUGCAAUGGACGAAGAAGUUCUGGGACCUCAACUUCCCAGACCACGACUACGACGCAGUGGCACGGAGAAAGGGCGGUGGCAUGCCAGCCGCGGCUGCUGCAGCGCCCAGGGCUGCUGCUGUUAGCUCAAGCGCCGCGCGAAGAGGCGGCACGACCCCCAGCACCGGCCCUCGCAUUGCCGCCAAGGCGGGCCCCAGCCCUGCUACCGCUGCUCUGCAGGCAGAGAAUGCGACUCUGAAGGAGACUGUCACCGGCCUGGAGCGCGAGCGAGAUUUCUACUUUAGCAAGCUCCGCGACAUUGAGCUGCUGAUCCAACAGGCCGUGGAGGAUGAUCCCGAGCUUGAGAAGCAGGAGGAUGGCUUGGUCAAGCAUAUCCAGUCUAUCCUGUACUCGACUGAGGAGGGCUUCGAGAUUCCCGCAGAGGGCGAGGGUCUGGAUGACCAGGAGACUUUCUAAACGGGGACUAUCUCUUUGUCGGAGAGUAGGAUUUGGCUACUUAGAAAAGGGGGGAGGUAGGGAGACGGGGUGCUGUGGGGGGGGAAAUUGAUUCAAAGCAUAUGGCCGUGCAUGCGUGGUAGACGCCUUCAUGGGAGCCGUCAUUUACAUCUUUUUUUUUGUUAGACUUAGGGUGUUAAAUCCUAUAGAGCAAACUAGUACUAUAACUGUUUGGACAAUACUACUAUUAAUACGUCUUUGUGUG